AAUCUUUCAUCCAUCUCUCUCUCCUCUCUCUAGAAAAAACAUUAUUACAUUUGGAUAUAUAAUUCAUAAUUAUGACAACUAAUUAUGAAAAUAUAAAUGAUCUUCAUUUGGAGGAAACAGAGCUAAGAUUGGGCCCCACCGCCGUCGCCGUCGCCGCCGCAAGGGGCGUCAAGAGACCGUCGCCGGAGAUGACAAUCACCACCUGUUCUAAUUCCUCAUUAGAACCCAAAACAGAUUCUUCCUCCCAUCAUGAUUCAACUCCUCCAUCAUCAAAAUCGCAAGUAGUGGGAUGGCCGCCGGUGAGAUCUUACCGGAAAAACUGCAUGGAGAGGAAAAGUCUCGGCGAUGGAAGUUUAGUGAAAGUGAGCAUGGAUGGAGCUCCUUAUUUAAGGAAGAUUGAUUUGAAAUUUUAUAAGGGUUAUUCAGAACUUGUUAAGGCAUUGGAAACUAUGUUCAAAUGCACUAUUGGUUGCUAUGAUGAAUCUGAAAACGCGACAACUUAUCAAGACAAAGAUGGAGAUUGGAUGCUUGCUGGGGAUGUUCCAUGGGAGAUGUUUAUUAAUUCUUGUAAUAGAAUUCGAGUUAUGAAAGGAUCAGAAGCUAAAGGAUUAGCUUCUAAUCUAUAAUAAUAUUCUUCUUAUGUAUACCAUUGUGAAUUCUGCAAUAAAUUUUAUGUAAAUUCCACCUUAUUUUGUUUGAUGUUGGGUUAUUUAUAGUUUUUAGAAU